AUUACUAGUUAACUCUGCUUAUUUGCAUGUGACAUGGUAGCCCACAAAGAUUUCCACAUUGUUUUUCCCGUCUCGUCAGCCCGGUUUCUACAUGGACGGAGGCCUGCCUGAUUCGGUCUAAGUUUAUAGUAGUUAGCGAUCUGACGUUAGCUCCUGCUGUAAGCUAACUCCAGCUUCAAGCAAACAAACUUGUCAACAGCCGAUCGAUCCGGUACGGGACUCGGGACUGCUUUUGUGGCUUGUUUACCUCAGCCGGGAGGCAUAAACAUCUUCUGAAGCAGCAGCACAACCGGGAGAGUGGAACUAUGGUGGCUACGUGACAGGAGAUGAGCUGCUGAAUCAGCUGCAACAGGAACCAUGGACGGGUUUCAACAAACUGCCCCAGAGAAGCAUGACGGGGUGAACGGCUACUGUGAGCCAAAUUCCCCCCAGGACGCAGCUGACGUCAGGUGGACGCCGCCGCAGGCAGAGUCUGUAGGCUCGGACAGUUGUGGUGCGACAAGCGUCUCCGAGGUGGCAGAUCUGAAAGAGUUAAAGCGCAGGGAGAGUGAAGAUGAGGAGGAAAAGGAGGAGAAGGAGGAGAAGGAGGGAGUCCCUGCUUCUAAAUACCCGAAAAGGGACCAGAAGAAGAGACGGAAAGAAGGGGAAGAUCAGGAGAACAGUGACAACAAGCAAAACAGUAGUGCAUCAUCUAGCUACACGGACCUGUCCCAUACCUCAUCACCUUCGCUCUCAGAACAGCUGCGUUUGGGCCGAGAGGACAGCACAAGCUCUGGGAUCAGUGUGGAGUGUAAGGUCUGCGGGGACAAGGCCUCUGGCUUCCACUACGGCGUACAUGCCUGUGAAGGAUGCAAGGGCUUUUUCCGGCGUACUGUGCGGAUGAAACUGGAAUAUGAGCGCUGUGAGCGUUCCUGCAAGAUUCAGAAGAAAAAUCGUAACAAGUGCCAAUAUUGUCGCUUCCAGAAGUGCCUGUCUUUGGGAAUGUCCCACGAUGCAAUCCGAUAUGGACGAAUGCCUGAGGCGGAGAGGAAGAAGCUGGUGGCAGGCAUACUCGCAGAGGAGCUGAACGUCAGCAAACCAGGUGGCUCAGACCUGAAGACUUUAGCCAAACAAGUCAACACAGCCUACCAGAAGAACCUCAGUAUGACCAAGAAGAGAGCCCGCAGCAUCUUGAUGGGCAAAACCAGCAGCACCUCACCUUUUGUGAUCUACGAUGUGGACACACUCUGGAAAGCAGAGAGUGGUUUGGUGUGGAGCCAGUUAACUCCAGGUGCGCCUCUGACCAAGGAGAUCGGGGUUCAUGUGUUCUACCGUUGUCAGUGCACCACGGUGGAGACCGUGCGAGAGCUCACAGAGUUUGCCAAGUGCAUUCCAGGGUUUGUGGACCUCUUCCUUAAUGACCAGGUGACUUUGUUAAAGUAUGGUGUGCACGAGGCUAUUUUUGCCAUGCUGCCAUCUCUCAUGAACAAAGAUGGACUGUUGGUAGCCAAUGGCAAAGGCUUUGUGACACGGGAGUUUCUGCGCAGCUUACGGAAGCCCUUCAGUGAGAUCAUGGAGCCAAAGUUUGAGUUUGCUGUUAAGUUCAAUGCUCUGGAGCUGGAUGACAGUGAUCUGGCCUUGUUUGUUGCUGCCAUUAUUCUCUGUGGAGAUCGACCUGGGCUAAUGAACGUGAAGCAGGUGGAGCAGAGUCAGGACAACAUCCUCCAGGCCCUGGACCUCCACCUCCAAGCAAAUCACUCUGACUCUGCCUACCUCUUCCCAAAACUGCUUCAGAAGAUGGCUGACCUCCGUCAGCUAGUUACAGAGAACGCCCAGCUUGUCCAAAAGAUCAAAAAGACUGAGUCGGAGACCUCGCUCCACCCUCUACUACAGGAGAUCUACAAGGACAUGUAUUAGUAGUCUCCAGCACAACCUGCUUUUAGCAAUACUGUUACAGACUGAAUUUUAUAAUGAAACACUGCAUUCAGUACAAGCACUGUUGUACGGGCAUGGAUUUCUAAGGUGCAGAUGAGGCAAAUUCACCUGGCAGGUCUAACACAAUCAGCAGAGUCUUCGCAGUGUCAGUGCAACCCUCAGCACAGUUAUACGUGUGUUUGUGUGUGCGCGCAUGGGACGAGCAUCUGGAAUCAUUUGCUGCGAGUCCCAGUUUCCCACAACGGUCACGUAACAGGAAGAAUGAUAUGUUUUCUCAAUGAGGCUGCUCCUGUUUCAUCCUGUUAGCGAAGCUGACCCCAGAGCAGUGUGCAGAGGGAGCUCGUCCUUGCUCCCCUCAGCUCUGUGUUUGUGCUGCAAAGGGAAAGCAUUUCACAUUCUCACACCAGUGGCACGGUUCAAACAAACGAGUGAUUGUAUUGUGUUCUCAGACUUAACUGACGGGAGAGAUGCAGCAGCUGGUAUUUGUUUACAUCAUCAUCUUCAUCAUUAUCAUCAUCAUCAUCAUUAUCACUGACCACCACUUUGCCAUUUGGUAUAAAGAACACAAACUGGGCUGGCUCCAGCAGUGUAGAGAUCUCUCUUAAUGCUGCAAUGUGUGCAAUACCAUUUUGCCAUUUGUCAAUAAAUGUGAGAUCCGG